CUUGCGUCACGCUUCCUCCGCCCUUGUUCACCAAGUUCUCUCCACACCAUUUUAUAACCCUCUUCUUCCUUUCAUCUUCCCUGCCAAAAGGAAAGAGAAUUUUAUUCCUUUACUCCUUGUUAAAUCCAUGAAUGGAUGUAAUAACUCCACCAACUUCUCCUGGCCGGAGGUCUCAAGCAAAAAUAAGCUCACAGCCCGGCAGUUGGAGCAACGUGAGAGAGAGACUUCAGCUGGUGGCCGCCUCCAGAACUGUGACCUUCCACCUCCCCUCAAGGUCUUCUCAGUCAAGGGGUAUGAUGACAAGAGGGGGAUUGGAGACAUCAGCCCUGCUAUUCCAGUACAAGAACAAGCUGCCCCGACUCCAGCACCGAUCAAGGACGAUCACAUGGAACAUGAACUGGGAUCGAAGCAUGGAAGCGGUGAGAACUCGAGCCUGUUAAGGGCCCUGCAGCUCUCACAGACACGAGCAAGGGAAGCCGAGAAGGCGGCCUUACUGGCGAACAAACAAAACAAAGAGUUGGCCGUGCUGAUCUUGGAGGAGUCGUUGAGACUGUAUGCGCACCGGCAGUGGGUGAGGCUGCUCGAGAUUGAGGUCUCAAUGCUAGAGAAGAGGAGGUCGAUGACCGUGGAAGAGGAAGCGAAGGAUGAGGAUGAUGCAGAGCCUACCGACUCAUGGUUUUUGGCUUUGGCCCUGUGCUUGGGCAUUGUCAGUAUGGGGUUUGUAUUUAGCCGCUGCAUGUUUUGAUCUCUCCAUUGGUUGGUCUAUUCAUUCACAAAAAUCAAUAGAUCUAUCAUUACAAAGGACUUAAUCAUGUACAAACUCUUUUAUUGAAAUGAUGUACAAGCUCAAAAAACAGAGUAGAUCAUUUUUAUCAAUUUAAGAUACUUCAUAUG